GUCGUGGCGAGUUGGCGAUUGUCGGCGAGCUCAGUCAUCUACAUGACGCCGACGAAGCCGAGCUCCACGACGUCGGCGCCGCUCUCGUCCUUGUCGCCCGUCUGUGGGGUGGCAGCCAUGGACGUGCAAGCGCUUGUUCACAUGAGCGACGAACUGAUCGUCCUGGUCUUUAGCUUCCUCACGCCCGCAUCCAUCUUGAAAGCGAGACAGCUAUCCAAGGCGUGGGCGGUCGUGAGCACGAUGGACCGGAUCUGGUUGCCGUACUGCAUGGCUCGAUGGCGCAUGCCACCGCGGCUUCUUCGCCUGACACGCCACGGCGUUCACUCGUACGUGGGCCUCUAUCGCCACUUGCAGGUGGCCGGUCAAAAACCGCACGGCGCGUACACCAUGCCAGACAAACUCACGUGGGGUCACAGCCGCCGCGAUGGCGUCGAAUCGUGGCUAACGGUGGGCCACCGAUCCGAUUGCAAAACCAUCCGCGCGGCGGGCACAAACUUCAUUCAACUCCGCGUCGUCGUGCAAAAUCUGUCCCCGGGGGUUGUGCUUGUCGCGUUGGCCGACAUCAACGUGCACUUCAAGAACGGACCCGUGGUGUCUGUGGUACGCUCUGCCAUCGAGAUCUGCACCGACCGACGCGCUGGUCAUCCUGCACCCCCAUCGUUGGCUUACAACGGACGUUGUGAUAUAGGUGCAACCGACCGCGACCGCUGCCUCGAUCGACAUGACGCCGCGCAUCCUGGCGUGGAAUGGCCAUGCUGUCGAUGCGCCAGGGUCACCAAGAUCGUGCCAACUCUCGUUUCUCGAGUUUGUCGUGGUGGGUGUGUACGUCGAGUGCGACGAAUGCGAAUUUGAAGUCGACUUCCUCGAGCGGGCGCUGUCAGUGUGGGUCCCCAUGAAACGGCGCGGCGACUGCGUCGACUUGGCGCGGUGCCGAUGCAUGCUCCUGCCCGAUCAGUACCACCACUUUGGCCACCACAUCCCGCUCGUUGACGAGGCCGUCAUCUGGAACCGCUACACGCAGUGUAGCCGAGGCUUCAUGGUGCUCAACUCGAAAGACAGGCUGACAUCUCCACACGAGCAUACUCUGCCAUCGCGCUACUUGAUCGUGGACGACCCUCGAACGUAGUUGCUUUGGUGGCCAUGCUCUUAACUUAUUUCAACCUUUGUCGACGUCCCAGUUGAACCAAGGACGUUUCCAUGGAAAAUCCAUGGAAAAUUCCAUGGAUAUACUACACACACAAUGAGAGAGAACAGUGG